AUGGCCGGAGCCGGCGUGUCCGGCCCUGGCGGCCCGCGGGGCUCCCUGCUCCUCCCCGGCGCCUCUUCCUCCGCCUGCCGCGGCCUCCACGCGGGGCCAGGGCCGGCAAAAAUACAUUCGCGCCUAACUCCUGUCAAUUUUUGCUGUUCCCAGGUGUUCAAACGCUUCGUCGAGAUUGGCAGAGUUGCUUUUAUUUCCUUUGGGCCACAUGCUGGCAAGCUGGUGGCCAUUGUGGAUGUCAUUGACCAAAAUAGAGCACUAGUUGAUGGCCCCUGCAGUGGUGUCAGAAGGCAGGCUAUGCCCUUCAAGUGCAUGCAGCUGACUGACUUUGUUCUCAAGUUCCCACACAGUGCUCGUCAGAAAUGUGUGCGACUUGCCUGGGAGAAGGAAAAUAUAAAUCAAAAAUGGGCAGCGACAAGAUGGGCAAAGAAGAUUGAAGCCCGAGAAAAGAAAGCCAAAAUGACUGAUUUUGAUCGCUACAAGGUUAUGAAAGCAAAGAAAAUGAGAAACAGGAUCAUCAAGCAUGAAAUGAAGAAGCUCCAGAAGAUGUCUUCUAAAAAAGGCAAGAAGCCAGAAAAGUCAGAGAAGUCGGAGAAGGCGCCGAAGGCACAGAAGGCGCCAAAGUCAGAGAAGGCGCCGAAGGCACAGAAGGCGCCAAAGUCGUCAGAGAAGGCGCCGAAGGCACAGAAGGCGCAGAAAUAAAAUGAACUUCUUGUUAUGUAUGACUGUCCUGUUUCUGAUUCUUUAAAACUAACAAAUGGCUAAACAUCUGAUUUAAAUUGUAAUCAUAAGUUCACUUUUGCUUCUGACCAAGA